GACAGGACAGGAGACAUGGAGUGGAGAAGGAGACUGAGGUUUGUCCCUCUGAUGACAAUGAUGAUGAUAAUGAUGAUGACGAAGAAGGAGACGAACUCAGCUGCAUCUCAAGCGGUACAAACCCACACUCAUUCAUUCAUCCAUUCAUUUAAUUAUUUGUUUUUAUUGUAAAUGAAUCUGUUUCGAAGCUUGGUUUGCAGAUCUUCUGUGUUCUCUGGCGCUGCAGCAGUGUGCCUUUUAUUCCUAAUCUAAACUGAUAUUUAUGAAUGUAUUUUAUAAGAUCUGUUCGUCAUAAAUCUAAAACCCUCUUUAUUUUAAGAAUCUUUAUCCUGAAAAGUUUAAAUUUGAGACUCCAGGCUUUUCCAGGCCUGUUCCAGGACUGCUUGUCUGUGUUUCCAGGGUGGAUCAGAUGGAGCCGAUAACACACUUAUUACUCUCACUUCCUGUUUACACUCAGCCCCACACACUGUGGCUUUUAAGUUUCUAAGGCUCUGAUUGGUUGGUUAGAAAUCUGUAGAUUGAUCAUUGAUAGAAAAAAAAUCAGUCUGAUGUUUCAUUUGUGUUCGUUUUGACUCACAGGGUUUAUUGGCAGCUUUUAGCAAUAGCUGCAGUUCGCAUGAACAUGAAAAGAGUUUAUUUGUUUUAUUUAGAGCAAGAGGCGGACUGCUGCCUGCAAAUCUGCUGAGGUUAUUUGUUUCAGUUUCAAAAGAAGAUAAUCAUUGAAGAAAAUAAAAAUUUAAACAGCAAAUGGUUAGAACAAAUGUAAAACUAAUGUGUAAUUCUGCUGUUGGUGUGAAAAUGUGGAAUUCUUUGACAGCAGAAGAAAAGGACUGCAGAAACAUUUUUCAGUUUUAGAAAGGGUUUAAGUGGAGAAUAUGGAAGCUAUACAAAAGUAUUUUAUGAUGAAAGACUUCUAUUUAUCUAUUUUUUUGUUUAUUUACAUAUAUAUAUAUUUGUAUGUACCUUUUCUUAAGGUUAUUUAUAUGAUUAGUUUUCUUUAUUUUAUUGUAUUUGUCUAUGUGGGUUUAUUACACGGUAGUCGUCUGAUAUAAGUGGAUAUUUGUUUUAAGGAAGGUGCAGGGAUCAUAAAUUCGCUUCAUCCUGCACCUUUCUAGUCAUUGUAUUUUUUAAUAAAAAAUUUAAUUAAAUUAAAUGAAAAUGAAAAAUUUGUGAUGUUUCUCUCAGGUUCUAUACAUUCUCAGUAAUUUCCUUUAUUUUCUUGCCUUUUUUUUGGUAGUUUGCAUUUGGUUGCUUUUUUUGUUCAUUUGAUUAUGUUUUUUGUUUUUUGAUUUGUCUGAUUAAUUUUUUGUACUUUUGUUUGUUUCUCUAUCCAUAUCAUUUGUGUUUGUUUUGUUCUGUGUUUGUUUUGUCUCGGUUUUUGUAAGUUUGUGUUUUUUUCUUUUUUAAUUAAUCUUUUAGUUACGUUUUUUUUAUUUUCUUCUUUGUUAAUAAAUGUUAUCUAUUUUUUGUUUUGGGUUCUUUUGUUUGUUUAGAACUUUUUGUGAGGUGGUUUGUUAAAUACUUUUUCGUCAAUCUUUAUUUGUUUGUUUAUGUUUGUUUACGUUUUCUGUUUGAAUGAUUGUUUUUUAUUUGUUUUGAUUUGUAAUUUACCUUUUUUAACCUAAUUGUUAAGUUGUUUGUUUUGAUCUUGAUAUUUGUUUUGUUCUUUUUUUUUGUACUUUCUAUCAUUAUUAAUGUGGUUGUCCAUCAUGGUUGUUUGUCAUUUAUUAGUAUUGCACCAACUCAACCGUGUUGAAGACCUGGACAGAGUGUCACUCAUGCAGUAUCAGCAUGUUAUACCCGUGUCCAUCAGGAUACAGACUGGCCCCCCAAUCCAUCACCAAAAGCUGCAAGUAAGACGCUUUUUUCUUUAAAAUAAGAGCCUUUUAAAAAGUUGUGCUCCUUCAGUUAGCAUAUAAGUGAACCUACUCAAAUAAACACACAGAAGACAGCGGACCAAAGAAACAAACACCUUUUAUAGGUCAAAUUUCCAUGAGUGACAACAGUCAGUGAACAUCAAACAAUAACGAAACAUUAAUGAACCUGUUCGCGACAUGAUCAGGACCUUUUUUAAAUAUUUUUAUGAUCAGAGAAAUAAAUUCUAGAUAUUCAUCUCUUCACAGCUAUUACAUCCGAACUUCCAGCAUGACACUGCCCAUGACCGGCUGUUCCACCGAGUGUCACAGUGAGAUGGAGUUGAAGAGCUGCUGUCCUGGUUUCUGGGGUCGACAGUGUGUCGGUGAGUUGAGCUUAAAAGUUCUUAUAAAAUAAUAACGAACAUCUUCUAAAGAGCAAGAAAAGUCUGUAUCAGAAACCUGAUCGUCUACGUGACAGUUUAAUAUCCCCUUUAAUGCCAGACAGUUUAAAAACUGUAAAUUGGCAGAUCUUUUUUAAAAGAGAAAUCUUGAGAAUGAAUCUUCAUGUGAGGGAUUCAGAUGGAGGGAACCUCCAAGUCACCUCCAGGUGAGUUGAGUCACAUGAUCAGUCCUGCAGGAUGUGGAUCAGUCCUGGCAGGAUCCAGGACUUCCUUCCUCCUUGCUGAUUCUGUGUCAGCAGGACAGAAAAGUGCUGACACUUUAGAGAGAGCUCCUUUGACGGGAUGUUCUGUAACUCUGGACAAAAAAGCCCCGUGGUUGCAGGAUCCAAAGAUGUUUAUCCCGAUCCAGAUUAUUUUUAUCUGUGUUUUCUGUGAGCUAUCCUAAAAACUUGGUUGGCUCUUGGACAGGUGAGUUUAAUCUAUUAUCUGAUGUAAACAGGUGAGUCCUCUUCAAACUCAGUCUUUCCAGUUGUUAAGAACAGAGAAAAUGUUGUGAACAUGUUUAUUUCUGUUGUAAAGUUUCAACAUGGGGCUCUAUGGAGGCUUACUUACUGCAGGACACAGCCUCUAGUGGACAUUGGAGGAACUGCAGCCACUUAGCCUUGAUCUGUCAGAAGCGAUGGAGUCGCUCAGUGUGUCAGGACAGUCUGAGUCUUUGUCCUGAGAAAGGAGGAAACACAUAGAGCAGGACUCAAAGUGAUGACGAGUAGAGAUCAAAGUGAGGAAGGAUGAUCUGUUUCCUGUCAGAAUGAAACAACACUUCACUAAUCAUUUCCUGUGCGUGUGUUUGUGUACCGACAAAGUCAAGCCCUUUGAGGACAGUCCUUUAUUUGAGGACAGUCUGACUCGUGUGGAUGUUUUGCAGAGGAUUAAUCUUUAACAACAUUCCUGCUGCUCUGAAUUUGUCCGUACGCAGAGAGAACAUCCAGAACGUUGUCCUCAAAAGUGUAAAAGACAAGUUAUUGUGUGUGUGCUCUUUUGAGGUCUUGACUUUAGAUACUUUCAGGGAUAAACCUUGAUGGACAACCUUUCUUUAAGGACAUUACUGCAUGUGUAAAUAUACUCUAAAAUCUUCACAAUCAAAUCUUCAAAUGAGCUCCUUUGGAUGUGGUUAUGUUAAAGGGAUAUUCCGGCGUAAAAUUAAGUUAGGGUUAAACACAGAGUGGCUUUUUGGUUGAGCGCGUGGCUCUGUGUAUUGCUACCUGCGGUCGUUACUAAAGUUGGUAUAACUAGAGAAGCAAGCGGUCAGCAACAUUAAUCUCUCGUCCAGGUGUCUAACUCGGUGUUAUGGUGUGUUUGACUCUCUGCGCCCCUUUGAUGGUGGAAAUAGCAAAUACAAGUAUGUAUAUAAAUGCAUUUGUUUAUGUUUCAGAGUGUCCUGGCAGUCCAGGCAAAGCCUGCAGUGGCAGAGGAACCUGCUCUGAUGGAAUGGGAGGAAAUGGGACAUGCAGCUGUCAGGUAACAUCAUACACACAUACACACACAUGCACAGAGCUCCCAUGUUUCCUUGUGGUCAUUGGCGCUUCAUGGUACCGUCUCUGAAUCCUUUUGAAGAUCGCAGUCUUGGCUAAGUGUUGUGUAUGUGUGUGUGAUGCAUUCAGGAGGGCUUUGCAGGUACUGCGUGUGAGCUUUGUGAAAUUGGCCGUUAUGGUCCCACCUGCAGUUCAAGUGAGUUUAAAUAAGAUUUGUCUUAUUCCCGAAAUUACUUUAUUCUGAGUAUUUACCUGUUCUUUGUUAUUUGUGUGUGUUCGUCUGCAGCGUGUUCCUGCGUGCACGGUCUGUGCGACUCUGGUCUGACGGGUUCUGGUUCCUGCACCUGUUUCUCUGGAUAUAAAGGUCCAAAGUGUGACCAGGGUCAGUCUCUGUGUUUACUCUUUUUAAAGGGUUAUUCCGCUGUUUUAACACCUGGGCUCUAUUUAAUAUACUCUGAGCUCUAAAUGACUAACAUGCACGGACAGUCUGUGAAUUUGUGCCGUUGUUUUCCUCCUUCUGGAGCAGGUAAAUUCUUAGUAAUGUCUGCAACAUAAUGCUUGAUGGAUUGAAGUGAGUCACUCAAAGUUCCUGUGUCCUUUUACACAAAGGUUGCUUGCUUUACCUGUCAUCUUUCUUGUGUCUUAUCCAAUGUCAAAGCUGUGUCGUAUCUGUCCUCUUACCUGUGUGUUACCUGUGUGUUCAGAGUUACCCGAGUGUGUGGCUCUCAAGUGUCAGGAGAACUCUCGCUGUAUGGAGGACGCUCUGACGGGUCAGCUGAUGUGUCAGUGUAAGCCAGGGUAUCAGAAGACAGGAGACCAGUGUCUGUGUGAGUGAGUCCGUCUGACUGCCAAUAGAAAUAAUAAUCAUGAUAAUAAUAAUAGUAAUAAUAAUAUUAAUAAUAAUAAUGAUGAUGACAAUAAUGGUGAUAAUGGUGAUAAUUACGAUGAUAAAGAUGAUGAUAAUUAUGAUGAUGAUGAUGAUGAAGAUGAUCAUGAUGACAAUGAUAAUGAUAAUUACGAUGAUGAUGAUGACAAUGAUGAUAAUUAUGAUGAUGAUGAUGAUGACAAUAAUAAUAAUAAUAAUAAUAAUGAUGAUGAUGAUAAUAAUAAUGAUAACAAUGAUGACGAUGAUGAUAAUGAUGAUGAUGAAAAUAAUUAUGACAAUAAAACUAAAUUAAUGAUAAUAAUAAUGAUAAUGUGGAUGAUAAUGAUUAUGAUAAUUAUAAUAUUAUGACAAUAAAAAUAAAUUAUAAAUAAUAAUAUCAAUAAUAAUAAUAAUAAUGAUGAUGAUGAUGAUGAUGAUGAUGAUGAUGAUAAUUAUUACUACAAUCAAAAAUUAUAAGUAAUUAAUAAUAAGAAUAAUAAUAAGAAGAAUAAUAAUGAUGAUGAUGAUGAUGAUGAUGAUGGUCUUCUCAGCCAUAAACCCGUGUCUUCAGCGAGUCUGUGACGUCCACGCCACCUGCAUCCACUCAGGUCCAAACCAGUACCGGUGUGCCUGUAACCAAGGUUACAGUGGGGACGGACAUGUCUGCAUGGUCAUCAACCCAUGUCAGACCAAACAAGGAGGCUGCUCCGCUGAGUCCGCAACAUGUGUCUUCGAUGGACCAGGAAAGGUACAGACACUGGAGAUAGGGUCCAGAACAACACUGAGACCAGGGUUAGGAUUAGGAUUAGAAUCAAGAUUGAGGCAAGAAUCUGUAUAAUAAAUGAGAAUGCAAAUCCAGAUCAAGGCCAGAACCAAAACCAAGAUUUAGAUCAAGGUCUGGAAAUGAGAACCGGAUCCUGAUUUAAAUCCAGACCAAAUAAACAAGAUGAACAAGGGACAGGAGCAAGAUCAGGAUUAGACUCAAAAUGAUGAUCUGACGUUAGAAAAGACAGGAUCAAGAGGGGUUCAACAGAGGCUAAGAGAGAUUAACCCUUUGCUUCUUAUCUUGUUGUUCAGUCUCACUGUGAGUGUCUACCUGGUUUUGACCGCCUGAAUGCUGGCGGCUGCAGCUUGAAGGAGGCGUGUCGACCUGGUUCGUGUCACGAACACGCUAACUGUACCACCGUGGCACCUGGACGAUUCGAGUCAGUCUCUCAUUCCUUUAUUUUACUCAGUGAGCCGGUGUUUCAACAUCACUGACACAUCUCACCUGUCCCUCCAUCCCUUUAGGUGUACCUGUCUAGAUGGUUACUAUGGUAACGGGAAAACGUGCUAUGGGAACAUCAUCCAGCGCCUGAACAGUCUGAACACGGAGCCUGACGGAGAGUGGAGGGGUCAGCUGGGCAACGCCAUCGAGCUGUUCAGUACGAGGAUUUAUCACUUUAAUGACACGAAGACAAACAUCAGAACUGCUAAAAAUACACAGAGACAAUUAAUGUGUACACAAAUUGUCUCUUUUUUAAUGCUGUUUGUUUGUUUGCAGGUUCUGUGUCGUGGCAUCUGCAAAAUUUGGGUCCGUUCACUCUGUUUGUCCCGAACAAUAAAGGCUUCAGAGGAACUUCAGUAAGAACCACCACACAUACACCACAUUUCACUGAGGAUCAUGAACCUCAUGUUUCCCAAAGUCUGUUCACACUCAAAGUUUUAUUUUGGAAUUUUUAUACCUCUCUUCCUGUUGGCUCUGAAGGACUUACUUUGAAGAUUUUCAAAAUAAAAUACAUCCCUGUGGUUUGAAUAAAUCUUAGUUCAAUUUGAAAGUAAUUUUUUCAUCUGUGUUGAUCAGGUGAGGACUCUGACGUCUGACAUCUCAAAAGCGAAAUACCUGUGUAAGCUACACCUGGUUGCCGGGGUGAUGCCGUUCAGCACGCUGAAGAAAGCAGAUGUCUUUUACACUCUGACAGGGAAAUCAGCGGAGACAGACACCACAGAGGGAGUACGCUGUAUUUGUCGAUGAUAACAGCUCAUCCAAUCAUAAAGAAUCCAAACGUCCUCCUAAGUGUCUCCCUGUUAUUGUUUCAGGACUCUCAGACUAAAAUCCGUCUCCAUGGCAGCAGACGAAAAGGUGUGAUCUUGCGCUCUGACCUGUUGGCGUCCAAUGGGAUGAUCCACAUCAUCAGCAGACUGAUGGACAGCGUUUCUCCCACUGUAGAGAGCGACACAAAGGUACCAAACACACAUCUCACGGAGCCAUGCUGUUGUCAUACCUGCAGAAUGUGGUUUGACGUUGUCUUGCUACUAUGAAAAAACAGCAUGGGUAGCAGUAUGGUGAAGUAUACAUCUGUGUUCCCGGACAAGUGAUUUUGAGCUUAUGCAGUGAUUUCCACUACAGAGUCUUAUCUGUUUUUAAUGCAGUGUUGCCUGAGGGCCUAUUGGUUUUGGUCCUUGUCCCCUAUGUACAGGGAUUUCUCCAGACUCUCUGAAUCCUUUAAAAAUAUUAUGGGUAACACUUUACAAUAACCAUAAUUUAUAAACGGUAAAUAGAUAGUUUAUUAAUGUUAAUAGUUACUUUACCAUGAACAAGCAAUGAAAUAAUGAUUAAUAAUUUUCAUUAAUUAUGUAUGGACUAUUUAUUAAAGGUUUAUAUAGGGUUUAAAUAUUGGUUGUAAAAGAUCUAGAUUAAAAUGUGUGUCAGUAGCACUUUGUAAAUGGUUCAUAUUUGGUUUUUAAACCAUCUAUAAAAAUUACUUAGAUGGUUAUUGUAAAGUUAGGGUUCGGGUUAGGUCUUUAAAAUUGUAAAAUUCCCAAUUUAUUAAUGGUCUAUAUGCUAUUUAUAAAUGAUGAAUAAACAUUAAUAAACUAUCUGCUUGCCAAUUUCAAUGGUCUAUUUACCCUUUAUUAGUAAUGGUUAUUGUAAAGUGUUCCCAUAUUAUGUACUGUAGAUGAUGAAAUACACUAAUUUAUUAUAUUCUUGUUACUCUGAAGUUGUUCAGCCCUAUUUCAAUGACGUCUUUACAUGCUAACAUGUCUCAUAUUCUCAGAAUAUUGACACGUUUAUUCUUCUAACAGGAGAACUUGUUGAAGAUCAUCUCAGAUUAUGGAAAAUUUAACCAGUUCAAGUUGUUACUGGAGGUAAUAUCUUUAUGUACAACUCUGACCAGACUAAGAAAGUUUAAACAAACACUUUGAAUCAAUAUGUAUGAUUAUAUUUUGAUUUAACUCUUUUUAAAAUGUAAUUGUUGUAAUCACACUAACUCUGACGUCAAACCUGUCCUCUGAGCAGAAAGCAAACCUGGCCUCAAUCCUGGACAGUCCUGGUCCAAUCACAGUCUUUGCUCCCACCAGCGCCGCCUUCGACAGGAUGACUGAAGGACACCUACAGUACCUGAGCACUGAUGAGGUCAGAACCAAUCAGCAAACGUUAUAAUAUCUACACUUUUAACAUUCAACCAGAACUUUACUGAUCCAAACAUUAAACCUUCAGGGUCACUACAAGCUGCUGGAGUUUCUGAGGAACCACCUGGUCCAGUCCACGGCGGUCAGUUCCACUCUGUUUGCACUCAUGUUAAAGGGAUGUUCCGGUAUAAAAUUAAUUUAGGGUCAAACACACCGUAACAUCGAGUUAGACACUCCGUCGAGAGAUGAAUGUUGGCGACCGCUUGCUUCUCUAGUUAUACCAACUCUACUAACAACCGCAGGAUGGCAAUACGCAGCGGUCUUAGGAGCCAUAAACAAACCUCAACCAAAAUGCCACUCUAUAGCCACAAAUAAUGCUCAGAACAGCACCUAACUUCAUCAACAGUAUAAAUAGGGUCCCAGCCAUAGUACUAGCCACCAAACAUCUUUUCAACUUUGUCCAAUUUCUUUAGCAAAGAGACUAAACACAACUUACCUACUCUCUUCCAGCGGUCACUUGUUUGUAGAGAUGAUCAUUUCUUUAUCUAAUCAUCAUAUUAAUCAUUUUGCACUGCAGACACCGUAGUUCUUCUGCCUUAACGUCUCGGUCUGAUUGCAUUUCCAUGAAGAAAUGAUCAUAAAUGUUCUUCCUUGAGCUGCGUCACCCCGCAGCAGUCCGUAAUGGAUUCGCCCUGAGGUCUCGCUACAAACAAGUGGCUGCUGGAAGAGAGUAGGUGAGUUGAGUUUAGUCUCUUUGCGAAAGAAAUUAGGCAAAGUUAAAAAGAUGUUUGAUGGCUAGUGCUGUGGCUAGGACCCUGUAUGUACCGUUGAUGAAGUUAGGUGCUGUUCUGAGCAUUAUUAUUUGUGGCUAUAGAGUGACGUUUUGGUUGAGGUUUGUUUAUUGCUUCUCAGACCACUGUGUAUUGCUAUCGUGCGGUCAUUACUCAAGUUGGUGUAACUAGAGAAGCAAGCAGUCUGCAACAUUCAUCUCUCGAGGGGGUGUCUAACUCAGUGUUACAGUGUUUGACCUUAAAUUAAUUUUACGCCAAAAUAUCCCUUUAACCCUUAAUUAACAUGUUUCAUGUUAUAAUGAUAAUCUCUGUCCUGGUUCUAAGCUGGAGGUCUUUAACGCCGUUUCCAGUCCCAGGAUAGUGACGAUGGCCAAUCAGGUUCUGAGUAUCAACGUGACUGACAGUGUGAGUGUUGUAAAAUGAUUAAAAACAGAAAUAAUUAAGUCAGACUAAGACAAAAUAAAGUGAACAAAUGCCGGCCUUGUGAUUUCACUUCAGGGUCAGAUUUUCGUGGACGGUGCGGCCGUGUUGGAGGCAGAGGUGGAAGCAAAAAAUGGUCGUCUGUAUGUUAUAGAUCAAGUUUUGACUCCGCCCUCUAUCCAACCUGUGCUACCUCACAGAUGUGACAUCAACGAGACCAAAAUCGUCAAGGUGAGUUUUGAUGAGCAGAAUUUAUUAUUUUCACUUUGGAAAUUCACAAGUCAAAAUUAAAACUCAGCUUUUCAGAGACAAACCCUCCCUGAGAGAGUUUAUGUUUUUGAUAUUUAAACCUAUAUCUCAUUUAACUCUCUUUUCUUUGUUUCAGGGCGAUUGUAUGAGCUGCUCCAAAGUCAAACAGUCCAAGUGCUCAUCUGGAGUUUAUACAGUAAGAUAUUUCACUCUGUUCAGUUUUUCCUGGUUCAUUUUCACUAUUUUUUAAACACAUUGCAUGUCCGAUCAUCGUAAACAUUAAAACCCCUUUAUGUGUGUUCAGGGCUUCUCACGUGGAUGCUUUUACUCCAUGCGCUUCGGGACAUCACCCUUGAAAAUUCCGUCUGCAGGCUGCUGGCCGCUCUGCAACACCACUGUCACAGUAAACACACAUACAUAACAGAUCUAUAUUAAAGAAUAAUAUCUGAGAUUAGCCUGUGAGGUGCAAAAAGAGUCUUAAAGACAACAUAGAGUUAAAGCUACUAUCAGGAAUUUUUUUAUGUUUACUAAAUGGACUGAAAUUCAUAUUGAUAUCCUUUCAUGACAUCCAAAAGCAAACAAGAGCACCAGGGACAAGAUUGAUAAUGUGUAUGUUGUCAUUUUUAAUGCUUCAAACUGAUGCGAGGGGGUAGGUGUCAGCCGAGCAGCUGGGGAAACGCCCCUGUUAUUACAAUUUCCAGAUAUGAACAAUAAUGGCAGGGGGCGCUAAAAUUGACAUAAACUUGAAGUUCUUUAGAGGAGCUUUAAAGGUCAGGAUUUCAAAAGUGUAAUAUAAAGAGGAGGUUUUAACUCUGCCUUGUGUUUGUGUGUCUGUUCAGACUCCGGCCUGCUGUAAAAGUUUCUACGGUCCAGACUGCACUCCCUGUCCAGGUGGACACCAGACGCCCUGCUCAGGUCACGGUCAGGUCAGAUUCACACCUGCGUUAACAAGUUCCUAUCAUUUAUUCUAGAUUUAGCACUCAUCCAAACACUGGAAACUUCACAACUUUGCAUUAAAACAGUCUGAACAAGAACCUCUCUUUGAAAGUAUUAUCAUUGCAGGGCUUGACACUAACUUUUUUCACAAGGAGCACAUGUGCUCUUGAGUUGAAAAGGUAAGGAGUAUAAAAAGAACUUCGGGGGCAAAAUAAAAAUUGAUCAAAUAAUGUGUGUCUUAUUGGUCGACAAAAGUACUAUUAUUUGAAAUCAAUUUUAGGUCACUUGGUCACAUGUAAUGGAAGCUAUUGAAGAAAAUGUACAAAAUUUUCCUUUAAAUUUAACACAAACAUGUUUUAGAGGUCAAAUUAGGGAAAUAAAAAGGAGUCUCUUAUUGUCCAACCUUAGUACUAUUAUUUGAAAUCAAUUUUGGGUCAAUGGUUUCAUAACAUGGAAGCUAUUGAAGGAAAACAGCCUUUUUUGAAAACAUCAACCGGUGAUUUAUUGAUGGUCCCUUAUUCAACACUUGCUGACAGCAAAGAUUUAACCGUGCUGUUGUUGCUUAUGGAGAGUGAGAAGACACCGGUAGAUCCGUCGAAUAUCCAACCUAAAAUUAACUUCUUCGCUGAGAUUACAUGACAAAACAUUUGUUGUUGACCAUAAUAUGAAAAAAUAAAUGCCGCCAUAUCACAGGACGGGAAAACGUCGCGGAUGUGAACACUUGUAUUGACAGGAUACGGGUUCAAAAAAAAAUAUUGACGUCUGAAAUAAUCGCACAAAAAAAAUGCUCCCGGUGUGUAAGGACCUUAAGUGUUUUCCUUUGUGUGUUUGUGUGUGUAGUGUUCAGAUGGUACUACAGGAAACGGCGUGUGCACCUGUGAUCAGAACUUUGGCGGCUCUCGCUGUCAGUACUGCUCCGCCUCCAACAAAUAUGGACCAAACUGUGACAGGAGUGAGUGUCAGUCCUAAUUUCCUGUGAAAUCACACAGGUAGCUGUGAUGUCAGAGUAAAGCUCACCUAUGUCAUACCUCACCUGUUUCCUCAGCCUGUGCCUGCGUCCACGGUCAGUGUGAUAACCGCCCAGACUCAGCAGGUGGCUGUAAACCGGACUCCUGUCAGAUGGGCUUCACUGGUCCGCUCUGUGACCGCAGGACAGCUGCGUGUGGCGUUCAGGCUCAGUUCUGUCACGCACAUGCUCAGUGCGACUUCAGUCAGGGGACCCCCAGGUAAAUUUACCUGCAGAUUUUUAGGUUGAAGGUCAAGGUAUGAACACCUGGAGAGGAUCAGCUGACCAGCAGGGGGCAGCACUGUGACACAGUCUGUUGAAAUGAAAUCAACCGGUGUGUUGACGAAAAGGAACCAAAUGUUUUUGGCUGAUUCUGCUGUCUGUGUCUCCAGGUGUGUGUGUCAACCUGGUUACCAAGGAGACGGGAUCACCUGUGUGGAGGCUGACCCCUGUGCUCCGCCCUUCCGAGGCGGCUGCAGUGUGAACGUCAGUGUCUGAUCAAGUCUUGAACCAUUUUUGCGGAUUAAACCACUUCAUUGCUAACUCUGUGUGUGUGCGUGUGUGUGUGUCGCCCCCUGCAGGCUAAGUGUAUAAAGACAGGACCUGGCUCUCACUCCUGUCAGUGUCUGAGCGGGUGGAGGGAAGACGGAGAUGAAUGUCAACCAAUCAACAACUGUAGGCGUCCUGACAGAGGAGGUUGCCACGCCAACGCCACUUGCAUCUAUGUGGGACCUGGACAGGUAACACCCAAUCAGGUUGCAGCCCCAUGUUUAAAGGUGCAAUAUGCAACUGAAGGCGUAUUUCCAAGACAGUGGUAACAGAGAGAAAACGUCCAUCUUCAGUCCUGGUUUAAGGACUCUGAAAAGCCGACCCUCAUGUCUCCUGGUCUCUGUCCUCCAUCAGAGCGAUUGUGUGUGUAAGGCAGGAUAUAAGGGCACAGGCUGGGACUGUGAGGCCGUUAAUCAGUGUGUGACAGCAAACGGAGGCUGCCAUUACCUGGUAAGGAUGAUGAUGAUCAGUCGUCAUGGUUAUCACACCUGUGCAGCAGGUAAACGUAGACUUACCUGUCUCCUCUUUAGGCCAGCUGUCUCCUGCUGUCCUCUGUGUGGACGUGUGUGUGUGAUGACGGUUACAUCGGUGACGGUCAGAUCUGUUACGGCACGAUCAGACAGGUGAGAGAGAACAGGUGAAUAAAGAGUUAACUCUGACUUACGCCAUGUUUUUUUACCUUUACCCUCUCUAUCUGUGAUGCAUUCAGGAACUCAUGACUCUGCCCAACGCCUCAGAGUUCUUCACCUGGACCAAGGUGAGUAUCACAUCUGACUGGUGUACACACAUGCAACAGAUCUGCUUCUCACAAGUCUGAAAUAGGCCUGGGCAAUUUGGCAAAAAAAAAAAUUCAUCACAUAGGCAGUGGCAGGUCGUGCAGACUCUGCUCGCACUCACUCUGGAAAUACUUCUUCAAAUGAUUAAACAGAUCUACUGAGUUGCUGGUUUUUGAGGGCACCGACCACCGACAUACUUUACACAGUGGGCUCUAUUUUCGUGUUUCGCCGGCGACGUGGCGCAGACGCAGCUUAAGUCAGGUCCGCCGGGCUGACAAGGCGUUCCCAAGCACAAUUUGGUAUUUUGGUGAGUGGCGCAGCCUGGCGUAAGUAUCCCCCUCCCUAACUCAGCUCCUUCCAGCGGCGUAAGUCGUUGGGAGGGAGGAGAGAGGGCGUGGAGUGGGUUUAACACAGCCGAGACUUGUAUUGACCGAUAACAUCAGCUCCUCUCCUCACCUUUAAAUCCGCCACCGGCGAGGCGUAUUACAAUUUUCGUGAAGUAGACAAAGAGGUCAAGAGAUGGCUGAAGACAGCAAUGCCACAUGAUGGCGACAGAAGGCAGCCCCUCAACAAGUGUCGAAAAUAUAGCCCAUUGGCUUAAUUGCUCAAUACCCGAACCACGGCCACACAACCAACGUUGAAUAAUUCUUCUCAACAAUGGCAUCUUUGGAGGAUGACUCAGAGUCACGGCUGACAUCUAUUUUGCUGCCCUGAGCUCCACGUUCGUUAUUCUGUUACUUCUCCUCUUUACUUCUCCGGCAACUUACAGAAAUGAGCAGGAAAAGCUCAACUCUGAUUGGCUGUUGUGAUGCACAUUUCCGCCAUGUUUGAUCGAGUAUGCUCUCAGCUGAUCACCGUGAUCAAAAUGAAAUUUAUCACAGUCAUUAAUCACGAUCAUGUAAUCGUUCAGUCCUAGUCUGAAACUGUAAUUGUUUUGGGGUUUUUUUAGGAUUCUGGUAUGUCCUGGUCUCUGUCGGAUCAGAACCUGACCCUGUUCGUCCCGUCCUCAGAGGCCGUCUCUAAAAUGUCCACAGAGGACAUAGACUUCUGGACAAAAAAGGGGAACUUGCAGAGUCUCAUCAGGUGAUAAAUUUAAGAGUCGGAGUUCAAUAUCGUAAAACGGGACGCCUCUGUACGAUGAAGUCCUCUAACUGCCUCACCUGUCUCACAGGAAUCACAUGAUCUCAGGUGUGUAUUCAUUAUCCGACCUGAGCAGCAUCUCCUCUCUCAGCUCCCUCCUCAAGUCCACACUUCCUGUCUCAACAGCCAAUGAGGUGAGCCGACAAAGGGGCGAUUUUAAUCUAUUUUCAAUCCUGUCAGAAAUGUUUAAGUCUCUAACGAUGGCGUUCAAGUGAUUUCAGCGUGUUUGUUCUUUCAGCUCACGACGGUUGGAGGAGCGACCAUCACCACGCCAAACAUAGCAGCAACCAACGGCCUGAUCCACCUUAUCAACAAGGUUCACCAGGAUCAUUAAAGCUAUGCUGAUGAUGCUCCGCCCCCUCUCCUCGUUGAUCUGACAGACGUGUUUUUCUAUUGGCAGGUUUUGAUUCCAGACAGGAAGUUGAUUGAAGGUCUGCUGGCGACUCUUGCGCUGAGGCCGGACUUCUCCCUGUUCAGAUCCUACAUCAUCGUACGGGCAAACACACACACACACACACACACACACACACACACACACACACACACACACACAGGCACAGAUAGGUGAGUGUUUCAUCUGCUCAGUCUUUUUUUAAAUUUUUUAUUCCAUUUGUUUCUUAGAGUUAUAACCUGACAGAUGAGAUUGAACAGUUGGACGGGUACACCUUGUUCGCUCCGACCGACGCCGCCAUCUCUGAGUACCUGAAGAAGACGUCCGCUGCUGCCUUGGUAAACUUUAGUUUGAACAGGAACAUUACUAGAAGAUAGAAGAUAGUUCAUGUCAUCUCUGUGCUUUUAUUUUCUAAAACAGGAUGUGAAUACAACUCGUUACCACGUGGUCGUGUCGCAGCGUCUGUUAAAGACCGACUUUCUGCCUCGAGGGUACAAAGAGACGCUGCUCGGGUCUGCCUUCCAGCUCCGCAUCUUCUCACUAGAUGGGAAGGUCUGAACCAGAGCGCAACCGUUUGAUUGUUGAUGUCAAGUGAUCACGUGAUCUCCUGAGUGACUGAGUUUUCUUUUCCAGCUGUUUGUGAACGAUGCUCAGAUAAACUCGUCGAACCUGCUGAGCCAGAACGGAGUGAUUCACGGACUGUCCUCUGUCCUGGAGAUCAACAGGAACCGCUGUGACCAAACCAAGUACCUGACAAUCUCGGUAACUUCUGCAAUAUAUGUCUGAACAUCAAACUACACAUCCAUAUUAAUAUCAAUUAACACAUUAAUCAGAACAUUUAUAUCGACCCGUAGAGCAGUGGUGCACUCAAGGAAGGGGCAGGAUGUGCAACUGUCCUCUAGUGCCCUCAUGUAAAACAAAAAUCACCUGUGUGUGUGUCUUCCUCAGGGUGACUGCUUGGACUGUGACUUUCCCCUGGGUAAAGUCUGUCCUAAGAACACGGUGCAGGAUGUAAGACUUCACACACCAUACACAUGCACACUAUUAAACUCACACUCAGAGUGUGUGUGUGCAGUUAAACUCUGGUCUGUUCUCUGCAGAAGUCAGUGAGCAAGAAGAGGUGUACGUCGAGGCGGAUUGUUGAAGGAGAGUGGCGGGUGACCUUCGGCUGCACAGCCAACUGUCUGUUCAAGCAAAUCGUACGUUGCAACUAAUCCCUUCAUUUUUGAUAAAUAUUAUAAAUGUUUAAGGACCAAGUUUACCCUCCAUUUAUUUGUCUUAAAGUCUCAUAUGAACAUGUAGACAACAAGAAAAACAUAAUUUUAAUUGGAGUGGGUCUUAAAAUGUUCAAAUCUUGCAAAUUAAUGAAUUUAAUUUAGUAAAUCUAGGAAGUGAAUCCAGUAAAUUAACAACUUUAUUUUUUGUUGAUACGUGAUUUCAAUCUUUUGAAGUAUUCUUUUUGAUUUUCAACUUUUAUCAUGUCACUUUUACUUAGUUGAUUCUUGUAGAGUUUUUUAUUUUUUCUGCUUCAUUAAAAAUUUAUUCUCAUGAAUCGAAAGGUUUGCUUUUGUAAAUUUUAAAGUUUAUUCUUGUUAAAAAGAUCUACAAUUUUUAAUUACUAUUAAGUGUAAGUAGACGUUUUUAGGUUGUACAUUUAUUCGUUGAAUUUAAUAACUUGAUUCUUUUGAAUUUAUUAAAGAUCUCAUAAAUUUUCCAUAAUUUUAUAAUGUGGUCCUAAUUCUCCAUGUUUGAUAUUUGAAAAUGGUCAUAAAUACUGCAAGUCUGUCCUGAUGUUUGCCUUAAACCCUGUUGUAUCUCAGUCGCAGAGGUGUUGCAAGGGUUUUUUUGGCUUGUCCUGUGAGCCGUGUCCCGGGCCGAAGGGUCAGCCCUGCUCUGCCCAAGGGCGCUGUGAAGAUGGGCUAGUAGGGAAGGGGCUUUGCCAGUGUUUCAAAGGUUUCAAGGGGACAGCCUGUGAGAGCUGCGAGGACGGGAAGUAUGGAGUUCACUGCGACCAGGGUACGCACACACACACACAGAGCAACAAGCUUACAGUACACAAUCCAUACAUGAACACACACUUAUACAAUCCUCUGCUAAUCUCUGCCUUUCUCUCUGCAGACUGUCGCUGUAAGAACGGGCGCUGUAAUGAGGGGCUAAAAGGCGAUGGGACGUGUGUCUGUGACGUCGGCUGGAGAGGAAUCCUCUGUGAUGAGAGUAAGAUGACAAACAGGAGAUAUUUUUGUUUACAGUGAAGCUGAGAUUCUGACAGGAGGACCGUUUAAAGACACAGUUACCCGUUUUAAAAAAAGCUUUAAUGAGUGUUUUUCUUUCAGAGAUUGAAUCCAAAGCUGACGAGCUGUGUGGAUCCGUCAGAUGUCACACCAGUGGAAAGUCAGUCGAAACGAAAAUCCAUCACACUUUUUUUAUUUAUUAUCCUUCAAACUAACUUAUUAUUGAGCAGAGUGUUAGUUCAGUUAGACUACAGUGUGAAGCUCCACCUAAAGCACAUCAGCAUAUCCCAAAACUAACCCAUACCAUCUAACAGCUUAGUUAGUUACCCUCUACCACCCAAGAGUCAGAUCUGAAACAGUUCUGCUUCUUCUGCAAACCGCUGCAACCUGCCUUCUCUUUUCUGUACACCGGGAGUCUUUGCUGACGCUCUCUCUGCCUCAGACUUUGGUAUGAUCAAAAUAGUUCUAGUUAGCUGAAGUUGUGCUGACAUGAGUAAUUUUAAUCCUGAUAAUUAUUAUUUAAAACAAACGAUCUGGGAUCGAAAUUUAUUUGUUAUAAUCCAGAGUGAGUAUUGUUGUUUGAAUGUUUGAUCUAUAGAUUCCUCUUUGUUCAAACGAGUCAGAAUAUGUUUCUAAAAAUGAUAAAUAAUAGUUCAGAUAUUUGGAGGGCAGAGUCUUUGUCAGCCUCUGAGUGUUUUUAUCGUUUCUUCUCAUCUGUCAGCUGUUUGAUUUUGGCAUCCGGUCCUCAGUGUUCCUGCGCCACAGGCUUUGAAGGAAACGGGACUUUCUGUCAGGGUAACUAGACACAACACCUGAAGAGAAACACGCACUUAAGAGUUGUACAGGUUUCUAUAUGAGCGUGCAUGUGUGUAUGUGUAUGUUUGUAGCCAUAGAUGCGUGUGCGGUGAACAACGGUGGCUGCAGUCCGUAUGCAGUGUGUAAGAAGACGUCACCCGGCCUCAGAGAAUGUGUGUGCAACACCGGUUACCGUGGUGAUGGAUUGGUGUGUAUGGGUAUGUUGUUUUUAUUUCUCAUUCUUUAGUACUAUAUUCUUAUUUUUAGUUCUGAAUAUUAUAUUAUUUUAUGUUUUUAUACAUAUACUGUAUAUUAAUAUAAAAAGAUAAAACAAUGAUAAUUACCACACGAUGUGAUGCAUUCAAGUGCUGCAAGACAUUUAUGUUUCUUUUCCAGAACUUAAUCCAUGCCUGGAGAGAAACAGUGGUUGCCAUGCCGACGCAGAGUGUAUCCACGUUGGACCAAACAAAGUAAAAACAUCUGUUUUUGGGCUCUGAUUGAAUUUAUUCUUUUAUCAUAAUAUCAUAAUAUCAUUCAGUAUUAACAUAGCGAGGCUUUUAUUGUUGUGGUCACAGACUUCCUGUGCCUGCAGAGAUGGUUACUCAGGUGAUGGUCAAAACUGCAAGAUGAUCAACCUUUGUGAUAAGGUGAGUUGGUCUCCAUGACUGCGGUAUGUGACCUGUGUUGGUGUAGAUAAAGCGAUUAAAAGACUUUAGAUAAAGAUAAGUAGUUUCAGUGUUUGAUUGAUUACUUCCUGUCUCUAAUGUUUCCAGGAAAACGGCGGCUGCCAUAAGUACGCCAGGUGUAACAUGACGAGUCCAGGUGUUCGCAGCUGCACGUGUUCCAAACACUCAAUCGGAGAUGGGUUCACCUGCAGAGGCACAGUGGGGCAGGUGAGACACAGAGACAGACUCCGCCCCCUUAGAGGUUAAUGUUAAAAUAGAACUGUACGUCUCUGAUGAGCGUACCAUGUCUCCACAGGAGCUCCUGUGGGGGAAGCUCACAGACUUCAACAUGGGUCUGAUGGUGAGUCACACUCCCCUCUGUCGCCCCCUUCAGGAGAAUACUGCCCUCACUGUGUCUGUAAAUCUCUGAUUCAGGUGACGGACAUUUCCCUGAGAGGUCGCGGCCCAUUCACCGUGUUCGUCCCAACAACCACCAGUUCCCUUGAAAAAAGAUUAAGCACGGUGAGGUCACAUGAUCUCAAAUGUUUAGAUGAUGCUGGUUUAGUCUACCAAGAAUACAUGCUAAUGUGCCAACAGGAGCUAGCAGUACUGAGUGCUGUUGAGCUGUCACGGGAAGUCAGUGACAGUAAGACCACUAACAUAUGGAGACUGGUUCAAGUUCUUCGUGCUUCCUGUUCCUCAUGUGUGAAUUUUUUAAAAUUUUUAGUCCAGAGAGGAAUUUGCCGUCAUCAUGCGUAACCACAUCGUCAUGUGUCACACUCUGCUGCCCGUUGACCUGAGCCAACCACGAAACCUGACGUCUCUGUCUGGACUCGUCCUGACCACCAGGUCCAACCAGGUGACCAAUCAGCAACCAGGACUGUGAAUGUGGAGGGAUACAACUGUCUUUUUACUUUGAAAAUACCUUCAAAUUAUUGAGUCUGUACCACAGACUGUAUAUAGAAUGGACAGCGUCUGCCUUCUCGCUGGGUGAAGCCACCCCAAGAACAGCACCCUCUGGUGACGGGCUGCAGUAUAGAUCAUAAAUCCUGCCUUCUCCAGCAAUCCCUAUGGAGCUGUGGACAAACUUUGGAAAUUUAUCACACAGAAUGUAAAUGUUUCUCCCCUUACUUGCGAUGUUGACGUGUAGUUAUUGUAAGACUGGUUUGUGCCCAAGUCCUUUUUUUUUCUGUACAGCUCCAUUUUUAAAAGUUAUUCAUGUUUUCUAUGAUUGACACUUGAUACAGCCUAUGGGCGUACUAAGAUUGCGUAGCUCACCCAGGGGAUACGCUGAUUGAGCCGAGCGUCAUCACAGCGACUCUCGGCAACUCUCCAGCCGAAUGCGCACAAUGCGACUGCGCAAUGUUGGUUUCAGGAGAAAGAACGCAAGAUAAGGCUUCAAAUCCGUAUACUGGCGAAAGGCGGAACCAUGUUGUCCAUAGUAUAUACAGUCUAUGGUCUGUACAUUACUGACCUGAUGGACUUCUGAUUGUGUUUGUAUGUUGAAUGUUUUCAGGGCAGCAUCUUUAUCAACAAUGCUAACGUGACAUACAGCCAUGGCCUCAGCACCAACGGCAUCUUCCACAAAAUCGACAGGGUACUGUUUUCUUACAGCUCAGGCGGUUCCAAAUGGGUGAGUGAAGCACAGCGACAAUUACACAGUCUACAGAAAGAGGUCCUGGUUUCAUGUCUUUAAAGAAUCUGUUUUUCUGUCUUGUUGCUCUCAGUUGAACCUGAGUGAAGUCGCUGAUCUUCACGGUUAUAAAACCUUCUACAAAUUACUGGAGGUAGGAACAUCAGACUUUUAUUUUGAAAAGACACUUACCCACACAGCCUCAAACAGUUGGUCUCUGGUCUGAUCAGGACUUCCCUGUUUCCUUACUCUCUUUGAUCUUCAGGACUCAGGAGUGAUGGACCUGGUAAGCAAUACCUUGAACCAGCCAGUGACCAUCUUCCUGCCCACAGACAGCGUCAUGGCGUCUCUUCCCGAGGAGCAGAAGAACUUCCUGUUCCACAAAGACAACCGAGCUGAGCUGCUGGAGUACCUGAAGUUCCACAUCCUGCCAUCUAAAAAGGUGAGAACAUACAUCAUGAACUUUUUUGUGCUUGGCCACCAGGGGGCACUCUCUACAGCCAUGAUCAUUUAAGACUCAGGACUCCUCUGUCUAAGUAGAGUCUCUUUGUCCUCUCAGAUCUAUGCUGAAGAUCUGAUCCACCUGGACUAUCGGACUCUGCAAGGAUCCUCGCUGUCCUUUAGUUGCGGAGGGAUGGACAACAUCGUAAGAACAGGAAGGACAGAUUUAUAUCACCAAAGAAGAAGAGUGAUUGAUGAUGUGGUUGUUCAUGUUUGCACAGGGAGAAGUGUAUAUUAAUGAUGGAAAGUGCCGGAUCGUUCAGAGACAUCUCAUCUUCAACGCCGGGAUCGCCUACGGGAUCGACUGCAUGCUUACUCCACCAAGCCUUGGAGGACGCUGCGACCAACAGACGACUUUUGACCUUGAGGUGAUUUCUUAACAUUAAACUGUCGAUUUAAGGUCAAAUUACUCUUCAGGUCUGAUGAGUUAUUAUGUAAAAUACUUCAGGGUAGCUAACAGGCUAACAUUAAGAUUAAGUUGUCCUAAAGGAACCUGUAAACCUUCAAUCAUUUCCUGUUUUUUCUCCUCCUGUGGUAGAUGAACUGUAGAAAGUGCACCGUCUCGCCAUCUCGCUGUCCAAAAGAGUCCGUACUGAAGGUCAGAGUGAUCAUCUGUUCCUGCUAUACCAGCUUUGGUCUGUCCUGUCCAUCUGAUGUGUCUCUGUCUUUUAUCCUCAGGAGGUUCACAAGUGCGACCUUCCGACGAUGCAUAUCGCCAAAAACUCUGGCUGUCGCUCCAUCUGCACCAUCAACUCUUGGAAGCCGAAGUGUUGUCCUGGUUACUACGGGCGGGACUGUCUUGGUGAGAGGACAACAUAAAAAUACACAGAUCAAACCUGACAUGAAGGACAAAAGCUCAUCUAGAGGACUCACCCCAUCUUCUUGUCUCUGUCCAGACUGUCCGGGUGGCGGCCGCACUCCCUGCAGUAACCGAGGGAAAUGCGACGAUGGCCACCUUGGUAACGGCACCUGUACCUGUGAGGUUGGUUUUGGGGGUGUGGCCUGUGAGCAGUGCAGUAAAGGGUUCUAUGGAGGCACCUGUAAAGGUGAGCAAUGGGCACGAAGUUUCCUGUUUGGUGCUGUCGUGGUUACUAACCGUUUUUUGUUUCUCAGCCUGUAACUGUUCAGAGCAUGGGUCAUGUGACCAGGGCCGUAAAGGUACGGGUGCGUGUUUCUGUGAGGCCGGGUGGACAGGAGAGCGCUGUGAGACGCAAGGUGAGUUCAGGAGGUCCUCCCUCUAUACACCUGGUCAUGUGACUUCAACAAGAAAAACCUGAUUUGUGCGCAUUUCCCGCAGCCGAGGUCGUGGUGUGUUCGCCGCCCUGCUCCCCAAAAGGCGUCUGUCGGGAAAACAACACAUGUGUGUGUCGGCCAUUUUAUGAAGGAGACGGAUUCACCUGUACAGGUAAACACUCCCAUGCCUCGGCUCUUUAUGUGCACACAUGAAACAGAGGGGAGUUGUGCUCUACCAACUUCCUACUGUGACAUUUUUCUCCGUAUGUUCCUCUCUCUGCAGUGUGGGACAUGUGCAGCGUGUGGAACGGCGGAUGUGCUAAAGGAGCCAAGUGUUCUCAGGCGGGAGAGCAGGUGAGCUGUACCUGUCCUAAAGGUCACCAAGGAGACGGCUUCACCUGUUUACCCAUCGACCCCUGCGUCUCUGGGGACAACGGAGGCUGCCAUGAACACGCCAUCUGCACCAUGACGGCUCCGGUGAGGACUGUCAUUCAUAGAAGUGUUGUUCUCAGCAUCACAGGUGUCUGCGAGGGUAACAGGUGAUUUCCUGUUUAACAGGGGAAGAAGAAGUGCACCUGUAAAGACAACUACAUCGGAGAUGGAGUCACCUGUGAGGUCAAAAAGCUGCCGAUCAGCCGCUGUCUCCAAGACAACGGACAAUGUCAUCAGGACGCCAAAUGUACCGACCUCCACUUUGAAGGUAUCUGGAUGAAGAGUUAUUUUACAAAUUUAGUGCAAACAUGAAUUGAGUUUUACAAAGCUACCAAAAGACAGUCCUCUGCUGUCAUUUCUUCAAGCUGGCGUGUGUUGUUAUGUGUGUGUUGUGUUUGUGUGCAGAUUCAAAGUUUGGAGUGUUUCACUUCCGUUCAGUUAAGGGUCAGUACAAACUGACCUACAGUGAGGCUCAGCAGGCCUGCGCAGCAGAGGGAGGCAGCCUCGCCACUUAUAAUCAGCUGUCCUACGCUCAGCAGGUCAGUAAACACGACACAAACAUCAGGAUGAAGGCGUAUAAAACACACAGUUGGAUAUGAUCCUUAGAAACAAACACAAUAACUGAGGAUGACCCUGACCCUGACCCUGAGCCGCUGCUGUCUCCUGGUCUGAGUGAUUUCAGUUACAGAUGCCGUCCUCUGGUUUGUCUUUUCACAGGGCGGUAUGAACAUGUGUGCUGCUGGAUGGUUGGAUCAGGCCCGGGUGGGAUACCCGACAACCUUUUCAAGCCCUCAGUGCGGCUUCGGACACGUGGGCAUCGUGGACUACGGCACCCGCAAGAACCUGAGUGAGACCUGGGACACCUUCUGCUUCAGGAUGAAGGGUGAGAUCAGUGCCAGAAUAAUGAGGAAAGCAAAGUAUAAUGUCUCUGAGUGAACUGAUUACCAGAUACUACCAGAUAUUUCAAAAUAAAAGCACAGUUUGACCAUACAGGACAAAAAGCAACCUUAACACAAAGACAGGAAGUUAUCAAAAUAAAAGCAUGGCAAUAAUCAUGAGGUAACUACUUUUUCAAAGAAGUUUCAGUCAAAUAAUCAUUAAAGAUUAAUGUCCCGACCAGCUCUUUUCAGUGGUUAUCAGUGAUCAGUAAAUCUCUGUGUUUCAGAGGUGGAGUGUGAGUGUAAACCAGGUUAUGUAGGAGACGGUCUGAGCUGCACCGGGAACCUCCUGCAGGUCCUCAGAUCCACCCCUAAGUUCUCAAACUUCCUCACAGUGAGUCUGAUGAUUUAAACACUCAUCUCUUUAUGUUACAGCUUAAAUUAUAAUAAUUACCCACAGGGUUUGCAUUGUAUUAAUUAGUUAUUACCUUCUAAUGUGAUACUCACAGAUUUUUGGCGGAAACAAACUUUCUUUUUCUUUUUCAGCAAAUCCUGAACGUGUCUCAGGCGUCUGAUUCAGGGAAACAGUUUGUGAAGCGUCUCAGUAACCUGACGGUUCAGUCCACUCUGUUUGUACCUGAUAAUAACGGUUUGCCAGAGAACCAGGUGAGUCUCUACUGAGUGACCCACCUCAAAAUGUGCUGUAACAAAUACAACAAUUAAUCGAUACAACCCCCGCCCUCUCCCUCCACAGACUCUGUCCAUGCGUGACAUUGAGUUUCACCUGUCUGAGGGUCAGGCAGUUCUUGUGGGUCAGCUGAAAAACGGCAGCCGGAUCAGAACCCGUGUUGGCGGUCUGACUGUCUUUGGAGUCGCGGACCUGCUGAACCCCUCAACUCUGGUCAGAGAUGUAAAAAUUUCAACAGGGUCGCAGGAUUUUAAAUAAGUCUGUAUUUAAAGCUUCUUAACGCUCACACAUACUCUGCUGACAGCAACCUUUUUCUCCUCAGUCAUCACGUUACAUCAACGACCGCUUCAUCACAGACUCAGACAUCUUGGCUUCAAACGGGGUCAUACAUGUCCUGCAGGGACCCCUAAAAGCCCCGCCCCCUCACCAUGAGGUGAGUGAUGUAACUGAACACAGUCCUUAUUAUCCACGUAUAUUUCUGAAGAAGAAUCGUAGUGGUUCAGGUUCUCUCCUCACUGAUCGUGCGUGUGAUUGGUCUCUCAGAUGCAGGUAGCUCAUAAGGCGGGGCUCGGUGUUGGAGUCGUGGUUCUGAUCGUUCUGAUUGCUGCGGUCCUCUUUGUUGGAUACAACUUCUACACCCACCAAGCCAAACCGUUCAGGUUCCACUACUUUAAGGUCAGCGAUGAUGAAAACAGAAAUUAGUGGAUCCUAAAUCAUGAGAAUAAAAGUCUUUGCCGCCCUCAUAUCAGACAGAAUAACUUAUAUCACAGACACAACUGAGACAUCCCUCUGUGCUGACCUUUGACCCUAUCACUCUGACAGGAUGAAGCUGAAGAAGAGGCUGCGCCCCCUGCAAUCAGUAACCACGGCAUCAGUAACUUGGUUUAUGAAUCAGCAGCAGAACCUGCAGAACCUGAAACACCUGAGGUCACAGUGAGUCAACCAUUCAAAACCAGGAAAUCUUUAUUUAUAAGUCAGAGAGUUCAGAGCAAGAAUAACCAGAGAGACUGAACUAAAACAUGUUGGCAGAAUAAACCAGCUGGUUGGUGUUAAAGCUCAGACUUUCUGUUUGCAGGAAGAGGACCAACAUCAGGCGGAAGACGGUGGAUCAUAUGACCUGCUGCAGGACAGCUGAGAGGAGCCAUGAUGCUGCUGAUGGACUGGGACCCUCCGGGUUCUCUGACCAUCUCCAAAGUGUAUCACACUCAUCCCUGAGGUUAUUUUGAAGGGCAGAGACUGUUUCCUGUCACUGGUUUUCUCUUAGAAAACCACUCCAACAUUAACUCUGGAUCGAUCAUAAACCCCUUCCCCCCCUUGCUGAAACCACACCAAUGAGGCAUUCAGGUGCAGAAGUCCAACAUGUGGAGGAAAACUUGAUUCAAUCUAAGUGACGUUUAAUGACUUCAGUGAUUUUUUUUCUCUGUAGAACAGCUUCUGGUUUAGAGGAUUUUUACAAUGCAAAGUUACAAUCACUAUUUAGAAUCAUGUAUAACAGUGAAAUUAAAACUUGAGUAAAUAACUGAGACAAAGU